CAGGCAGCCGGAUAUGAGUGAAGCCUGCCACUUCCCCUCCCUCCCUUCCUUCCUACUCUUCCCUACUCUUCCGCAAUCCCAGGUUGUUGUUGAUGGCUGAACCCAGGAGCCGGGAAGACCAGCAUGGGCACGUGGAGGCUGAGAAUAGGCUUCAUAACGCGGCCGUUAUUCUUUACCCGGCUGUACAUAUGUCGUAGUACCUGAUACAACGUUUGACGGGGCUUGAUUGGCUGGGUGGGGGAGAUUUAUCAGCCUUACAUAUGCCUCGUGGGAGGCCGCACUGCGAGGCCGCGCUGCUUUCCCUGGAUGCCAGUGGGUGUUCCUGGCCGCGGGACAUGGACAAGUGCUGUCGCACCGGACUGGGGAGAGUGGGACAGAGGCUCGCAGGCUCGCAGCAGCGCUCAUUUCUAGCCGGUUGUCCGCGGGGCGGCGUCGGGGUCGACGUCCGUGACGGGUGGUGCAGUGGUGCAAUGGUCGAGCUAGAGAAAAUCUCUUACGGAAGUGGUGUGGUCUGGCCUCGCGCUCAGGCUCGCUUGGGAGCAGCCUAUUUUGUCUGGUUGGGCUGGGGGGUGUUGGGGUUGGGGGGGCCCACCGAGUUGGAGGCCGUGGACGAGGACGAGGGCGAGGCGAGGACGUGGAUGUGGAUGUGGGUGGAUGUGGACGUGGACGUGAACCACCAGAACGCUGCUUUCUCCCACCAACCAGACGGACCACCAGGACCACCAGGCUCCUCAGCCAGGCCUGGCUGCCUCUGCCUGAGUCUCUAUGCGUCUCUCUCCUGCCCUGCUCCCAACGCGCUGCAGGCUCACCUCCCUUCCCUCGCCUGGGUGCGGCCCUGCUCCUCGCCUGCUCCUCGCCUGCUCCUCGCCUCUCCUGCUUCCUGCUCCUACUCCUACUCCUCCCCCUCUGGCUCCUCUUCUGGCCUCCUCCGCCUCCGGCCAAUUUUCUUCCCCUUCUCGCUCUUUGCUGCCCUUCACGGUCCACCUUCACUCCACCCUCCCACCCAACUAGCCCACACCCCCCCAGUCGCCCUCUGUACCCUGUCCAAUCUACACCACCACCAUCAACGUGCUACGACCAUCCGGCUAACAGUACCUCCUCCACGCUUCACUUCCACCGCGAUCUUCUCUUCUUUUUUUCCCUUCCCGUCACUCCCAUAUUCCUACCCACCCCCCCGAUCUAUUGAUCACACGUCGGCAACAGGACGCUCAGUCGUUGUCGUGCAGUCGAGGGCCGUUCCUUUCUCUCAAGCCACCUCUGUUCUCUGGAUUUUUGUUUGGUGA